AUGAAGUCCGGUCAAGCUGAAUUCGUGGAAACAAGCAAAGGUAUCCAAAAGAGCGGCUUGAUGAGCAGAAGAAUUGCGAUUCUCGAGUUUAUCCUAAGGAUUGUUGCGUUUUUCAACACCAUAAGUAGUGCAAUCCUCAUGGCCACCACAAAUGAAACUCUGCCUUUCUUUACUCAAUUCAUACGGUUCCAUGCUGAAUACAACGAUCUUCCAGCCUUGACGUUCUUUGUGGUCGCAAAUGCUGUUGUAAGUGGUUACCUCAUCUUGUCUCUAGCUGUGGCCUUCGUACACAUCGUCAAGAGCAAGACUCAGAACAGUAGGAUUCUUCUUAUCGUCCUCGAUGUGGCAAUGUUGGGUCUUCUAACCGCUGGAGCAUCCUCAGCAGCAGCCAUUGUCUACUUGGCACACAAUGGGAACAAUAAAACGAACUGGUUCUCUAUUUGUCAACAAUUCAACUCCUUUUGUGAGCGUAUCUCUGGGUCUUUGAUUGGAUCUUUCAUUGCCGUUGCCCUCCUCAUUCUUCUCAUUCUCUUAUCAGCUAUUGCUCUUUCCCGACGCCAUUAA